AAAAGGUCCCGCGCAGCCUGUACUCCGUCCAGCCUCCACGCGGUCUUGGCGAUGCAGGGUCCCCCUGCGCCCGCCCCGGCCCCUGGGCCCAGCUCCCCCCGGGGCUCCCCGCGCGGCUCCCCCGGGCUCUUCAGGAAGCUCCUGGUGAACCAGAGCAUCCGCCUGCAGCGGCGCUUCACCGUGGCCCAUCCGCUGUGCUUGGACCUGGAAAAUGGGCUAUCGUGCGGAAGAAGCGCCCUGGACCCUCAGGCCGGCUCUGGCCUUGGCCGGGUCAUCCAAGCCCCUGCCCAGCACAGCCAGAGGCGGGAAUCCUUCCUGUACCGCUCAGACAGUGACUACGAACUCUCGUCCAAGACCAUGUCCCGGAACUCCUCUGUGGCUAGCGACCUACACGGAGAAGACGUGAUUGUGACACCCUUUGCCCAGGUCCUGGCCAGUCUGAGGACGGUUCGGAGCAACGUUGCGGCCCUUGCCCACCUGCAAGGCCGCGGGGCAGCCAAGCAGGCAUGCGUCGGGAACACCCCAUCUGGCAGUCAGCCCCUUCCACCAACAGACGACACUGGGCAGAAGGUGGCUUUGGAGACACUGGAAGAGCUGGAUUGGUGUUUGGAUCAGCUGGAGACACUGCAGGCGCGGCACUCGGUGGGGGAGAUGGCCUCCAACAAGUUCAAGUGGAUGCUGAACCGGGAGUUGACUCACCUGUCUGAAGCCAGCAGCUCUGGGAACCAAGUGUCUGAGUACAUAUCCCGAACCUUCCUGGACCAGCAGACUGAGGUGGAGUUGCCCAGGGUGACCCCCACGGAGCCCCCAAGGCCCAUGUCCCAGAUCAGCGGCCUGCGUGGACUCCCCCACAGUACCAGCCUUUCUGCAGCCACUGUCCCACGCUUUGGGGUCCAGACUGAUCAGGAGGGACAACUGGCCAAGGAGCUGGAAGACACCAAGAAGUGGGGGCUUGAUGUGUUCAAGGUGGCAGAGCUAAGUGGGAACCGGCCCCUCACAGCUAUCAUGUUCAGCAUCUUUCAGGAACGGGACCUGCUCAAGACAUUUCGGAUCCCAGCAGACACACUUGCCACCUACCUACUGACACUGGAGGGUCACUACCACAACGAUGUGGCCUACCACAAUAGCCUACACGCCGCUGACGUGGCCCAGUCUACACAUGUGCUGCUGGCCACACCUGCGCUUGAGGCCGUGUUCACUGACCUGGAAGUCCUGGCUGCCAUCUUUGCAAGCGCCAUCCAUGAUGUGGAUCAUCCUGGGGUCUCCAAUCAGUUUCUCAUUAACACCAACUCAGAGCUUGCACUUAUGUACAAUGAUACCUCCAUGCUGGAGAACCACCACCUGGCUGUGGGCUUCAAGCUGCUGCAGGCAGAGAACUGUGACAUCUUCCAGAACCUCACCACCAAGCAGCGGCUGAGUCUGCGCAGGAUGGUCAUCGACAUGGUGCUGGCCACAGACAUGUCCAAACACAUGAACAUCCUGGCUGACCUCAAGACCAUGGUGGAGACCAAGAAGGUGACAAGCCUUGGAGUCUUGCUGCUAGACAACUACUCCGACCACAUCCAGGUCUUGCAGAGCCUGGUGCACUGUGCCGACCUCAGCAACCCCACCAAGCCGCUGCCGCUCUACCGCCAGUGGACAGACCGCAUCAUGGCUGAGUUCUUCCAGCAGGGCGACCGUGAGCGCGAAUCAGGCCUGGACAUCAGCCCUAUGUGCGAUAAGCACACGGCCUCAGUGGAGAAGUCCCAGGUGGGUUUCAUUGACUACAUCGCCCACCCACUGUGGGAGACGUGGGCUGACCUGGUACACCCAGAUGCACAGGACCUGCUGGACACUCUGGAGGACAACCGCGAGUGGUACCAGAGCAAGAUCCCCCGCAGCCCUGUGGACCCCACCAGCCCCAAGCAGGGUGGUCCCGACCGAUUCCAGUUUCAGCUGACUCUACAGGAGGCAGAAGAGGAGGAGGGAGAGGAGGAGGGAGCACUGGGUGGGGAGGCCUCAGAGUCACCUGACACUGAGCUCCUGUCCCCUGAGGCCAGCCCAGACCCUGGGGCCCUAUACCUGGACAACCAGAGGACCGUGGGCAAGCCCUGUGUGAACCAUGAGGGCAAUGUGAUGGCUGAGCCUUUGGGCACCUAG